AUUGUAAAAAUAAUUAUAUAUAAAACGUAUCUAUAUUUUUAAUUAAAAAAAAUAAUACAAACUAAUAAAAAGUGUUAAUAGAAGUUAUUCGAAAAUUUUAUUGAGAAAAAAUAUUUUAUAUAUACUAAUAUUUAAUAUUAUUUUGUGCAUCAGAGACAUAAAUUUUACUUUCGACAGUCUCCUAAUAUCACUUCAAACACUGAACUAUUCGAGCUAUUUGAAGGAAUGGGCAUUAAUAGUACGUCAUGCGCAAGUAUUAUUCAUUACCAUUCAAACUAAUUAUAAAUGAACUUUUACCAACCUAAGUAGAUAAGUGUUAUUAGGGUUUUGUUAAAUUUUAUAGAUACUUCUAAUCUAGUCUUCCAGCGUAUAAAUACAAGAGGAUUUGUGAAAAGUUAAUUAAACGAAUUGUAAUAAGAGGAAACUUUACAAAAAUUUGUACGCGUUCGAAAACCGGAGGAAACAAAAGCCAAUAUUUGUAAAUAUAACACAUAAUUGUAUUGUUACUUUAAUGCGUGAGAUUCAUAUUUUGAUAUCAUGCCAUACAUAUGCCAAGGAUUAAAUGGAAUAAGACUUCUUACUAUUUUAUAAAAGGUCCUUAUGCGUCUUAAGCUGAAACUUAUUUUACGUAAUAAGAGUAUUAUAGCAAAACCAAUAUCAUUUUUAUUUUAAUAACGCCGCACAUAUUUAAUUUACGCAAGAUUAUGUAAAAGAUAUACUAUCGACAAUCAAAUAAUACAAUGCUAUAACUCGAAGAUUUGAUAGUCCGCUAUACCUUUUAAGUGAAAAAUAUAGAUAAAUUGAUAAAGAAAUAUUUUUUAUUUCUCUCUGCAUCCUAUUUGAUCCCUAAUAUAUAUUGAUAAUAUACAUAUAAUUUAUGGCAGAUAAAUUCAUUAUCUGUUUCGCCUUCUUUUUAUCUCAAAUUCAAAAAAAAAUAAUACAUGAUAUGCAAGGCCUACGAAUCGUCAAUUACGUCACUGGAGGUAGCCAAGCAUGCUGUUGUCACAAUUGAUUUUCCUUUUCUAGAAGGAACAGUUAAAUGAGUAUCCAGAGUAUCAGAUACGCGAGAAUGCUUCAUCAAAAGUGUCGGCAGGGUUUGUAUCCGUCCAGUAACGUAAAGAGAUUUGCAGUACCGGAGGAAAGAGUACCGUGGACAGUCGAUUAUCCCGAGUACAAACCGGUCGCAUAUACCGCUAAUGUUCUCAAAGGUAAACCUUGGGCCGAUCCAGAAAUCAACGAACCCACCUUCAAACCAAAAUGGAACACGGUGGACGACAAGGUGAAUCGAAAGAGUUUUACGGGUGACUAUAUCGUGAACGCGGAUGGUUACCCCUUAAAUCCUGUGGGACGAACCGGUAUCGUUGGCCGAGGACUUCUCGGCCGUUGGGGACCGAAUCACGCUGCCGAUCCUAUCGUCACACGAUGGAAACGCGAUAACACGGGGACCGUGGAAAUAAACAAGAACACGGGAAAACCUGUAUUACAAUUCGUCGCGAUACAGAGACGUGAUUCCGGAGAAUGGGCCAUACCUGGGGGUAUGGUUGAUCCAAAUGAGACAGUUUCUGCCACUCUAAUGAGAGAAUUCAUGGAGGAAGCGCUAAACUUUCUGGAAAUGGAUGACACCGAGAGGAAGGUCCUACAAAAUUCUAUAAUGGAGUUCUUCACGAAAGGCGACGAGAUUUACAAGGGAUAUGUAGACGACCCACGAAAUACGGAUAACGCUUGGAUGGAGACGGUGGCUAUAAAUUUUCACGACGAGGAAAACAAUGUCGUUGGGAAGCUCGCGUUGAAGGCUGGAGAUGACGCGCGUAAUGUAAGGUGGAUGGACGUAAAUAAGGAAAUAAAUUUAUACGCCAAUCAUAGCGAGUUUGUGAGAAAAACUGUGUUGCAACGUAAUGCGCAUUGGUGAAGCGCAGUCUACAAUUGCAACUGCAGUAAUCUCGUCUGGGAGGAGGAUAAUGUUAAAAAAAUUGUACAAUUAUAAAAACAUUAUUUUUGUA